AUGGAUUGGGAGAACGUAGCUGCUGAGGAUGUGAUAGAGGCUCUACGAGAAGUGGAGUGGUCGACGCCUCCUUGUUCAUUGGGAGAGUUCGUCUCUAGAUUCGUGUCUCAAAUGCAAUCUCUACUAGACGAAUUACUUUAUCCUGGUCUUGCUUUGAUUACAAGACCAUUGGCUAUUGUGGGUGCUGCUUUUACUGCCUGA